AUGACAUUUGACGACAAAAAAGGUUUACAAAUUGCUCUUGAUCAAGCAAAGAAAAGUUACUUUGAAGGUGGCAUACCUAUUGGAUCAUGUAUUAUUUCAUCUGACGGUACAGUAUUAGGUCAAGGACAUAACGAACGAAUCCAAAAACAUUCAUCUAUUUUACAUGGGGAAAUGUCAGCAUUAGAAAACGCAGGAAGAUUGCCAGGCAAAACCUAUAAGGAUUGUACCAUAUAUACUACUUUGUCACCAUGUAGUAUGUGUACAGGGGCCAUUUUAUUAUAUGGGUUCAAACGAGUUGUUAUGGGGGAAAAUGUCAAUUUCUUGGGUAACGAAAAGUUAUUGGUUGAAAAUGGUGUUGAAGUUGUGAAUUUGAAUGAUCAAGCAUGUAUUGAUUUGAUGGCCAAAUUUAUUAAAGAGAAACCUCAAGAUUGGAAUGAAGAUAUUGGAGAAUAA